AUGGAAAGAGUCAACCAGACCAGCAGUGUCUCUGAGUUUAUCCUCCUGGGAUUGUCCUCCCGGCCCGAGGACCAGAUGCCACUCUUUAUCCUGUUCCUCAUCAUAUACCUCAUCACUAUAACAGGGAACCUACUCAUCAUUUUGGCCAUCCACUCUGACCCCAAACUCCAGACCCCCAUGUAUUUCUUUUUGAGUUUCCUGUCUUUCACUGACAUUUGCUUCACAACAACCAUCGUCCCCAGGAUGCUAGUUAACUUCCUGUUGAAGAAGACCAUCUCCUAUGCUGGGUGUCUGACUCAGAUGUAUUUUAUUUAUGCUCUGGGCAAUACUGACAGCUUCCUCCUAGCAGUCAUGGCCUUCGAUCGCUAUGUGGCCAUCUGUGAUCCCUUCCACUAUGUCACCACCAUGAGCCAUCUCUGCUGUGUCCUUUUGGUGGCCUUUUCCUGCUCAUUUACUCAUGUCCACUCUCUCCUACACACACUUCUGCUGAAUCAUCUCACCUUCUGUGACUCCAACGUUAUCCAUCACUUUCUCUGUGACCUGAGCCCUCUGAUGAAACUGUCCUGCUCCUCCACGUUUGUCAAUGAAAUUGUGUUAAUGACAGAAGCACCUAUUGUUUUGGUGACCCCCUUUCUAUUCAUUACCUUUUCUUACAUGCGAAUCCUCGUCACAGUUCUCAAAAUCCCCUCAGCAGCCGGGAAACAGAAAGCCUUCUCCACUUGUGGUUCUCACCUCUCUGUGGUAAUACUCUUUUAUGGGAGCAUCUUUUACGUCUAUUUACAGCCCCUCUCCACCUACACUGUCCAGGACCACAUGGCAACACUUGUCUACACAGUUUUUUCCUCCAUGCUGAAUCCUUUUAUCUAUAGCCUGAGGAACAAAGACCUGAAGCAGGGCCUGAGGAGGCUGAUGGGCAAGAGGAAAUCCCAGGAGGCACCCUCCUGA